UCGGUUUGGAGCGCAGUCUCCGUCCGACGAAGCGCAGAGCCCGGUUGAUGAAAAUUCGAGCGCGCGGCAACGAGAGGUGAGAAAGAGAGAGACACAGGACGACGGAACAGAGACGUCUCUCUUUACGAGCUCUCCCGGGUGACGGUUAACGCGUUGUUCCGUGCCGGUAUGUUUCGGACGAGCGGUCCCUUUGCCGCGAGAACAAUCGAAUCGACUCGCUCCCUCUGUAAAUAAUAUCGGCGCGAGUGGAGUGUGCGAAGUGAGCGGCGAGAAGGAAUAAAGGCGAAGGUGUAAGAGCAAGAAGAGAGGAGUGUAAGAGUAAAGUUGCGUGAAGUGAGUGCAGAAACGUGUGUAGUGGUGACACUGUAACUCUCUCCGCACGCGCGUUUGUACCGCAAUUUUGCAUUGUUUGCACCGGCACGACGUUACUCGCGCGGCUCUUCGCUCCAUUGCACGACAAGGGAGAGGAAAGGAAGAAAAAAAAAAGAGAAAGAGGGGAGAGAUCACGUCGAUCUGUCAUCGUCGACGUCGUUACGUCCACGAGACAAAAACGUCAAACGACGACGCUCGGGGGGUGGAGUAGCAGCGCUGCCGCCGAAAUCCCUUCGUCCGUACAAUUCCAUUCGUCCGUGUGGUGUCGUCGUCGAUUACCGCCGCCGCCGCCUUCAGUGUUCAGCGCGCCGCGACGGGGGUUGCCGACAUCGUCGCCGACGUCGUUUCCCCAUCGAUUGCCGGCCGCCGAUCCGCCGCCGUCGCCGUCGUCGUCACUGCCGGUUGCAACAGUGGUGCGCGUGUAGUAGUGAGGAGAAGGAAGAGGAGGAGGAAAAAGUGCCGGCGCGUGUUUUCAUUGUUUUCGACUUUUUCGUACCACGCGCUGUCGCCAGUGCACUACCACGGGGUUAACGGUGAAUAUCUCGGAGGUGACGCACCGCGCCGACGACGUCGCUGUCGCCGCCGACGUCGCCGCGACCUUGGAGACAGUGGAGAGUUUCGGAAUCGGUUACGGUCAGGGAGCGGGCGCGAGCACAGGCGACUGGAUGAAACCGCCGGGGGAUUUGUUUCUCUACUCAACGCUCGACAUGAAGGAUCUUACGGGUGCCGUGGGAGACAUGAUUGCUCCCUCGGCAAAAAAGCUCUGGGGCGUGGACGAAGGAGGCUCCAAGGACGAAGGGGGUGUAAAAGGCGGUGGGACCCUGCUUCACCUGGGCGACCACCAGACCACCAUGUGGCGGGAUUCCACCUGGAGCACGUCAGAUCAUGCAGUGUCGCAGCCAAUUUCAAUGGGCACGGGUAGACGUGUAGGAGUUGGGACGGGAUAUCAUCAUCAAGCAUCAGAAGUUGGAACAGUGCUUAGUCCCAGAAGCAGCGAAACAGGUGGUUUGGGAGUUAAAAUGGUUGAAUAUGUUCUUGGAUCGAGUCCCACUACACCAAAAGAUUUGGAACCUCGAAUGGUUUCUCUAAGAUUGAAUACCGAUGCAGACAAGAAAGAAAAAGAGAAAGGUUCGGCAAGUCCCUUUGAUAGUACAAAGGAUGACUCUGGCCCUCAGGGUAACGGAUUAGCAUCUCAAAACGGUCUGGACGAAGAUAAAGGAUUUAAUCGUACACCUGGAAGCCGUCAACCAUCACCGGGCGAAGAGGAAUUUCAGAAAAACGCUGCCGCCACUCUGGCUGUAAGCGCUGGCGGUGGUGGCGUCGUGCUGCUGAAACCCGGGGUUGACGUUGUCGGCAGCGAAGAACACUUUAUGGCAGCGUUUGCACCGCCGCAUCAUCUGCAACAUCACCAGGCCCCACCAACUCAUCAUCUGCAACAUCCACAUUCGCAUGCGGCAGCACAACUCUUCGGGGCGCAAGCUCCGCCACCGCAGGGUCCACCGCCCUCGCAGCAACAGCAACAGCAGCAGGGUCCACCACAGCCGCAAGACACUACAACGCAUUUCGACGUACAGCAACUGUUUCGCAGUCAACCGCAAGGCGCGACACCGCAGCAACUGCAGCUGCUUCAGCAGCAGCAGCAACAGCAGCAGCAACAAUACCUGGCCGCGUCCCAGGCGCAGCAGCAGCAACAACAACAGCAGCAGCAGAACUUCCCCACGGCCCCGUAUACCGUUAUCAGCGGUCAGGAACCUUACGUAGGUGCACUGAUAGCCGGCGCACCGCCGCCAGUCGUACCGCAGUAUUAUGGGGUCGGGCCCUGGGUCUAUCCGGCCGGACUGCUGCCGCAGGCGCCACCCCAAGCGGCCGCACCACCGCCACCCCGACGACCGCUCACCCCCUCCUCGGCGGCGGCCGCGGCCGCUGCCGCACAGGACACCGCGAACAAUCUGGCACAAACGGUUCAGGGUCAGUAUCAGGUGAUACCAGCUUAUUAUGAUCAGAACGGUUCCAUCGUCAUGGGAGGCGUUCGCGGUCUGAGUUCAGCGGCGACUCCCAUGAGAUUAGUUAGCCCCGCGCCAGUUCUCGUGAACAGAGCCCCGUCUCAGCCUCCACCGGGUCCACCGGCGCCACCACCACCGAACCUAUAUUCCCAGCCGACCCCGACAUCUCACAGCAACGCCACGCCCGGCGAAUGUCUAGGUCUGGCGGCGUGCAGCGCAGCGGCAGUGGUCGCACAAGCCCAGGCGGUUGCGGUGCAACAGGCGCAGCAGCAAGGCUCGGGACUUGCCGCGGGUUUAGCGGCCCUAGGAUACGGCAGCUCCCCGCUCGGGGCAUUGGGCUCACCUGCCCAACUACAGAAUACAGGUUUAGGCCUCGGUGCGUCUUCGACCGGCAGACGAGAUUCCUUUGAUAGAAAUACUUCAGCCUUCAGUCCAAGCUUGGAAUAUAGCCGGGCGAAGUGGCCUCAGAGUUACGGCGCCCUCGGUACAGUUACCGCAUCACCGAGUCCUUUAGGAUUGUCAUUAACACCGCCACCGACCUUAGGCGGAUCUCUAGGUGGUCUUGUCGGAGGAGCCAGUCGAGUAUCAGCAGCUCCCGGUGCCGAAGCUAAAUUCCGUGCGAGCGCGGUUCCCGCUCUGACAGCCAACGGAGUGUUUGGUUCUAGUAGCUCUCUGUUCCCCAACCUCGUGGGCAAACCUGGUCGCGGAGGCGCCGCUAAUAUCAACGACAAGAAUCCCGGAGGACGAUCUCGACUAUUGGAAGAUUUUCGAAAUAAUCGAUUUCCGAGUCUUCAAUUACGUGAUUUAGCUAAUCAUAUAGUUGAAUUCAGUCAAGAUCAGCAUGGCUCACGAUUUAUUCAGCAGAAAUUGGAGCGAGCCUCGGCAAAUGAAAAACAACUCGUUUUUCAAGAAAUCCUCUCCUCUGCAUAUUCUCUAAUGACAGACGUCUUUGGAAAUUAUGUCAUUCAGAAAUUCUUUGAAUAUGGUACACCAGAACAAAAAUCAACCCUCGCUCAAAAGGUUCGCGGACAUGUUUUACCACUAGCGUUGCAGAUGUACGGCUGUAGAGUCAUACAAAAGGCCCUCGAGUCGAUCGCACCGGAACAACAACAAGAAAUCGUGCGAGAGCUUGAUGGGCAUGUGUUGAAAUGUGUGAAGGAUCAAAAUGGCAACCACGUCGUUCAAAAGUGCAUUGAAUGCGUUGAGCCGCGGGCUUUGCAGUUCGUGAUAGGUGCAUUCGCCGGGCAAGUAUAUUCCUUGAGCACUCAUCCUUAUGGCUGCCGAGUGAUUCAACGUAUUCUUGAACAUUGCACUGCCGAACAAACGCAAGGGAUUCUGCAGGAAUUACAUGCCGCGACAGAUCAACUCAUUCAGGAUCAGUAUGGAAAUUACGUCAUACAACAUGUGCUUGAGCACGGAAAACCAGAAGACAAAGCACAAUUAAUCGGCAGUGUUAGAGGCAAAGUACUUGCCUUAUCCCAACAUAAAUUCGCAAGCAAUGUAGUCGAGAAAUGCGUGACACAUGCUACUAGACAAGAGCGCGCUGUACUGAUUGAAGAAGUUUGCGGCUUCAAUGACAACGCAUUAAACGUUAUGAUGAAAGAUCAGUAUGCCAAUUACGUCGUGCAAAAGAUGAUCGACGUGGCGGAGCCAGCGCAGCGCAAGAUAUUGAUGCACAAGAUCCGACCGCAUCUAGGAAGUCUGCGCAAGUACACUUAUGGCAAACAUAUUAUUGUCAAACUAGAGAAAUUUUUCAUGAAGACCGCCUCGGCGAUGGGCGUGGGAGCAACGCCGAGUGGUACAUCGACGAGCGGCGGAGGCGGCGAUCUUGGCCCGAUCGGACCGCCCGCAUCCUCCGCGUCCGGUCCGGUUUCGGCGUCGAGCCAGCAACCAGCGCAGGUGACAGGUUUAUAAACGUGCACGCGCACGAGAUUACUUCUGUCGCCGAAAAGAAGAAGAAAACCGACAUAAAAAGAGGCAAGCAAAACAAAAAAACUUCCGCAUGUUGCAGACGUGCGUUACUACUGUCUUACUUUUACUUUAGCGAGAUCUGUUCUAUCUAUUAAUGGAAAUAACGAGUUUUAACGAUCCCUCGUUUUGUUUUCUCGCUUUGCCCCGUGUCCUCGAAGACGAGAGAAGAAAAGACGAAAGCUUCGAAGAUGAUUUCUCGUGAGAAAUUUGCUAAUAUACGAUUUUUUUUAUUUUUGCAAUCGACGAUAAUCGACGAUAAUACUUGUACAGUAAUUCUAAAGCGUCUUCGGGAUCCGGGCAACGCGAGAUCAGACAGCACAUGAAGUCCAUUUUAAUGAAAACCCCAUGAAAAACAGUCCGUAGAAACGAAGAUAGAUAUGUCGUAGCGCGUUUUUCUAUCGUUUUGCAAAACGUUCCCCUGCGCGGGCGAAUAUCACAUGCGUAGAAAAAUAUUAACGAGUACACUGAAUAAAAAUCGUAUUAUAUAAUUUUUAAUUUGCGAAUGAUGUAUCGUGAUGAACAGCUCAACGAGUUUCAGAUACAUUAUGACAGCGGCGCAUGCUGAGAUAAGCUAAGCUGAAAUGAGUUGAGCUAAGCUUAAGCUAUUGUUUUGCGUCGCAUAAAUUUUGUAUAGAUUCGAAAGAAAGAUAAAUCGCUCGAUUACUAGAUUAUCGUGCAGUCAGCUGCUGAAUUAUUUAGAUUCGUCAAGUCCUCUCGAUUCAGCACCUCGAGGGAAAAAGUAGAGUACUAUCCCGAGAGUAAAACAGAAUGGAGCAUUAUUAUGGAUAGAUAAAGCGCGGCUCGUUGAGAUUAUAUACUCGACGGACAUUGUACACGCUUCUACGAGGGCGGCACGGUAAAAUCACGGACAGUUUUAGAGGAAGUUUAGGUCUUAGUGCUGUAUGCAUUUAUAUCGACUUGUAGGAGGGUUGUAGCACACACAUACACACGUACUAACCUGCCGCGCGCGUAUGUGUAGCGUUCCCGAUUCCUCGUAUACCGCGCCGCUUUCCUCUCUUUUACACACAAAAGUGCUGCUUUAGUAUUAUUUUUAACGCGCGGUAUUCGCUCGAUCGACGAGAAAUCAGCAGACGAGAGAACAAGCUAAAACUUGAGGAAGUAGAAGAUUAGAAGUUAUAGAUAUGUUGUUUAAAUGUAGCAUAGCGUUUGACAUGGGAAUGAAAAUCGGGUACCGACCCUUGGACCUGACCUGGACCUGACCUGACCUGACCUGACCAGACCAUCGAUCUGUCCUUUUGAGACUACUUGGAAUGUUUACACAUAAAAGAGCGAUUAUUUUCAUUGUUUAUUUUACUUUCUCUUUUUUUUUCUUUUUACGUCGAGAUAAUCUUUAAAGAUUUCUUAAUAAGAAUAGGUUUUCCUUCCUUCUUUUUUUUGUGCUUUGAUUUUCGAGUAUGAUUACGCAUACAUGCAGAGGGAAAAGAAAGCAAAAUGUGAAAAAUAAGAAAUAAACGGAGCAAGACAACAAACGUUGUUGUUCAAACGCUCCGUCGUUCACCUCUGUUCAGUUUCAAGUUUGUAAGACUUCCGGUGCAAAUAAUAUUUCUUUUCCUACUCUCUUUCCUUUCCCCUCCCUCCUUUUUGCAUUUUCCGCUAUCCCGUAUCCCAUCCUUCGAGCCCUCUUGAGAGAUCCUCGAAUUUUGUAAAUUGUGAUAUAAAUAAAUAACAAAUGUGUAUAGAUACGAAUAUCCGAAAUACGCGAGGACCGAUGAUAAAUUCAAUGAAUAUUUUAUCUCUUACGGGAACUUUUUUUCCCUCCUACUUUUGACGGUUUGUGAAUAUUAUGUAUUAUAAUAAUUACUAAUUAUAUUAAAUUUAAAUAUGAUUUACGUUCUAACGCUGCUGUCCUAACCGAUAAGUUACGCUCCUUUGUCUAAUCCCCCACCCUCCCUCUCUUAACUCAAUCGAUUUUACAUUUUUUUCAAAGUAUCCAAUUGUAAGAUAAAAACAUUUUUUUUUUAUAGAAUCACAUCAGGAGAAAAAAUCA